CACCCUUCAACAAACCAGCCUCUCCUCCUCCAACUGUUUUAACUUCCCUUUAUUUAGCAUAUCCCUCACUUACAACAAUGGUCUCCCUUCUCUCUUUCUAAAUUUCUAAAUUUCUACUGUCUCUAAAUUUAUACCCACACAAGUUCAUAUAUAGACAUAAGCACAACUAUCAACUUUCAAUAAUGGCUAGGCAGACUAAUUCACAGUUUACUCUCUUUCUGUUCCAAGCCUAUCUUUUGACUCCUAACUAAAACCCCUCUCUCUCAUUCAUUCACUAUAUAUAUACAUAUAUUUUCCCCCACUCCCCCAUCUUGCUUCCUCCCUCCUCCUCCCCUCCCCACCCCCCUCUAGCUCUGUAUUGUUGGCGGUGGCGGUGGCGGUGGCGGUGGCGGUGGAGGAUAGGAAGAUGGAAGCUUUAGAGGAAGUUGUGGGUGGUGGUGGUGGUGGUUCUAAAGAACAUACCCACAUCGUAAAAGGCAAGCGAACCAAGCGACAGAGACCACAAUCUCCGAUUCCAUUCUCAAUCGCCGCCACACAUUCUUCGAGUGGUGGUGGUGGUGUUGGCAAUGACAACAAUGGAGACAAUUUUAACAAAGUCUCCUCGCCUGAAACAUCAACUGAAUUCAUCGAUAGCGCCACCGAGGAAGAAGAAAACAUGGCCAAUUGCCUAAUUCUUCUAGCACAAGGACACGAAUCAAAAAACCCAAUUGAUCUUGAUGAUGAUGAUGAUGAUGAUGAUGAUAAUGAAAUGGGAUUGAAAUUCACGAGUAAAAGAUCGGCCCAAGCAUACCAAUGCAAGACAUGUUUUCGAAUUUUUUCGUCGUUUCAAGCAUUGGGAGGCCACAGGGCUAGCCACACAAAGCCUAAGCCCAAGGAAAAAAGACCAACUAUGAUAGCAACAACAUCCUCCGAUGAAGAACAACAACAAUUCAAGAACAAGCCUUUGAAUAGCCAUUCUAAGUCAUCAUCAAAGGUUCAUGAGUGCUCGAUUUGCGGGGCUGAGUUCAUGUCCGGACAGGCCUUGGGAGGUCACAUGAGGCGCCACCGUGCACCACCACCUAUAGGUACCACCACCACCGCCACCACAACCACAUCCUUGUCAUUGAGGACAUCUGAGUUUGAGUCUGAUGAUCUUCAAGAAGCCAAGAGGGCAAGAAAUGUGUUGUCAUUGGAUCUGGAUCUUAACCUUCCAGCCCCAGAUGUGGAUGAUGAUCAUCAUCAUGAAUCAAAGUUCUGCUUCGCGUCCGAGCAACAAAAACAGCAAAAACAAUCGCAUCUUGUCUUGUCCACCGCCACCGCUUUGGUGGAUUGUCACUACUAAUUCGGGGUUCAAAUUUUCGUUCUUUACAUCUGCGUCUUAUUCUGUGAAAUUUUAUUAUACUCCUAAUCCAAUUAUUCUUUUAAAUAUUGAUCGUUUAUGAUUAAUUUCAGGGUUAGAUGAUGUGUAAUACCCACUAUUCUUUUUUAUUGUUACCAUUGAGAAUUGGGGAUUCUUUGGAUUAUUAUUAUUAUUUUUUGUUUUUUUCACAUCUUGAUAAAUAAUACAAUUUGACUUGAAAUUCUUUGAAUUCAUUGUUGUGCAGUUGGUGUUCUGUUUUGAGUUUUUUAAUUUUAUUUUAUUGGUUUUGUUUGUUUUUCAGUGUAAAGAAUGUGUAACAGAGUGAGAAGGAGGGAGAGGUUGGGUUGGAAUUGUCACCACCACCACCACAACCAAAAGUAUUUUGUGGUUUAAGUUUCAUAGUUUUCAUUUACAAGAAAAGAAAGAGUCUCUCUGUCUCUCUUAAGUGAUGACAACAAUGAAAGCGUGGAAUGCCAGUAAGUAAACUGCACUUCCCAAAUGAAUCCACCACCCACCU